AAGAUAGUGUUAUACUCAAACUUGUUAAUAAAGUGUAAGAUCGUGAAACUGGUUCCUGACCAAAAUAUUACAGGAAAUGUGUAAUGAAAUAUGUAUUUAUCCCAACAUUCCUCUGGUAUUUCCUUUUUUGAAACUUGGCUACAUCCAUCCAGAACAUCUUUGAAAUUAUACAGUGAAAGAGAUAAAAGAUGGAGAAUGAUUUAUAGUUUAUAGAGCACAUAAAUCACUUACUAUCACCCAUUUUAUCAUUUUAAAACAUUUCCAGUACAUGUUUCUCUGGCUGAAAUCUCUUUGAAGAUUUCUAUUAUUGAAAGGAACUCCCUUAAGUUUGUUGCUGAUAUUUUUCUGUGUACAUUGUUUAUUUAAAACAAACAAUUAACACAGAAAUACAAACAGUUGAAGUCAUUUGUAAUGUAAAAACCCAAAUGUACUAUUUUCGGGUUUUUUCUCCAAGAUAAAUUUCCUCGACGUCAUGACGUCAGACUUUGAACUCCGUUAACCGGAAGAGAAGUGUCGCUGUGUGUGUUUUCAUGUUUACAUUUGGGGCACCGCGUCAAAAUGAAUCCCCCGAUGAUCAUCUCGACCAGCUCCGUGUCAACAACAAAGAGGAAACGAGAGGCAGAGCGUUCGGUUAACUGGACGGCGGAGGAAACUCAGGUGCUCCUCUGCGCCUGGAGCGAUGAGCGAGUCCAGAAGACUUUGGCUGAAAACCUCAGAAACCGGCAUGUCUUCAAACACCUCUCAGCUCGCAUGAGUGAAAUGGGUUUCUCUCGGAGUCCCCACCAGUGCCGGCUUCGAGUCAAAACUCUCAAGGCUAACUACGUGAGAGCCAAACUGCAGAGAAGCAUGGACAGCUCGCAGCCGUGCACUUUUAAAUACUUUGCCGAGAUGGAUGCAGUGCUGGGCCGAAGGACAGGGGGAGGGGAAGGAGGGUCUCAUUUUGUUUCACACCAACGGGUGUCAGAGGGCCACUUUGACUCCACUGAUGGGACAGGGAGUUUUACCUCGGAUUUAAAUUCCAGUACAAACAUAAGUGGACACCAUUGUGGCUCUAUGGGGAAUUCAAUGAGGCAAAAUUUAAGCUCUUUAGAGGAGAGAGCAGGCUGUCAGCUGGACUCUGAGGUAAAGGUAGAGCACAGAGAAGAGUCGGUGGAUGAGUUAGAGUACAGCGACACGGGAUUCUCACAGCAUCCGAGGGACAGGCACCACGAAGUUUAUCUGGAGACAGCCAUCCACCCGGAUAUUAACGGUACAACAGUGGAAAAUAGCUCAAGCACUCCUUCUCCACAUUUGGUCCUACCUCUGCCUGCUCCUCCUGCUCCCACUCUUACCCAGUCCACUGCUUCUCCUCUCCCAGCACCUCCAGAUAUAAACCCCAACAUCCUCCCUGCCUCUGCCGACCAUCACCCUGCACCUUCCUGUCUCGAACCUGUCCUUAAGCACCUGUCAGAGUGCUUCCAGCAGCUGGUCUCUGAGACCCGGAGCUUGCUGGUGCAGCUGGAGAGUCAAAGGCAGGAGCACGCCCGAUGGCACCAGGAGCUCCUGGCCCAGUGGCUGCAAAGGGAGGAACGGCGGCAGAGGGAGACGGCUGAGAGGGAGGAGAGGAGGGAGAAAGCUCGCAUGGAGCACGAGAUUAGAGUCCUGGAGCUCCUCACCAAUCUGAGCAAACAGCAGGGGUGUAGCUGUGAGGGCAGCCGGACUUUAGCAGGGGGACAGGCUGCUCCAAACCAUACUAACAAAGACAGGAGUUAGGAGUUUUACAGUGGCUGACCCAAAGUGCGGACUGAUAUUUCUUCUCAGGUGGACACAAAUAACAUUAGCAAUGAGGCAAGCUCCCACAGUCAGGCCAGCCCGAAUCCUGAGUGGGAGAUUUUAGUUGAGCCAAGUGCACAGAUACCCCCCCUUCCAAAAAAAAAAGAAGCGGAAAGUCUGUGAGAAUAAUAUGACUGCUACUGUUACUUUGACAUUUAAAGGCCCAGAAAUCCAAAAAAGCGGAAACUACAGUUGAAGUGUAAAAGAGGAAUUUCUUCUUGUUCUUGCAGUCACACUGCUGAGGGGAUUUCUGUGAUGUCAGUGAAUUUCGCCAAAUGUUACAGAGUUGUUUCGAUGCACUUUCACAGAAAUUAAAAGUGUAUAUUUUUCAACCAGUUUCGACUGAAAUGUGUUUUUCACAAAUGACUUGUUUCAGUUAUUUAUCGCAACUGUUGAGCCAAAGUAAGAAUCAGUCGGCAUCUUCAGCGUGUUUGGGUUCAGUGGUGGCGUCCUGAAGUCUUGGAUCUAGAUCAAAGCUUAAUUAUUCAUACAAAUAACCUCUCUUACUUUUGAAGCAAUGUGAACCAACCUUGAAACAACAACAGCAAAAUCAAAUCAAAAUAUUUAAGUCAGUGAACAGGAUUAUAUGUGUGUGUGAAUUGUAGUAUUAAUAGAAAUUUUCCAAUAUACCACAUUAAAAAGUGACUCCUGUUUCUAAUCCAGAUGAAAAUGAUAAACAGAUGAAUAAUUAAAUCACAGCUUUUGCAAUAACUGUGCAAUAAGUUGCAAGUAUGAGAUGUUGUCCAUGCUGUGUGACAGCACAUCAGAUCUCCAUUCAUAUCAAACUUGCUUCUGUUACAUGAAAAAGUCAUUAAAAAUAAACAGCAUUGACAGCUUAGCGGUAAUAGACGACCAUAACAGACUAAAGUCAAAGGGCAGAUGCGAUGAGAGAGUCGCAGGUUUGAUUCCUUCAGUGUUUACUCAGUUUGUCCCUGCGGUCCAUUAGCAGGAUGCGGGGCUGUGACCUGGCUGCUACAGGGGGGGGGUGACAGAAAGAGGCAAACAGUUUACUGUAAAUUCCUGACGCCUGUGUUUGAUGCUCAGUGUUGAAGCUAUUUUGGGAAACUAGCACAAACAUACAGUGAAGUCUGUUUAUUUACGUCUCCGCGGGAACAUUUCAUACUCAGCAUGUCAGCCUGGAUGUUACCCCCGCUAAGACCUUUAGCGCAGCUCCGAGACUCCAGGCUUCGAGUUUCUUCGUUGCUGUAUCAAACGAGCUACACCUGAACAGUCCUUUGCUGCGAUGGUGUAUAUUGUCUUCCUGCAACACUCGGCAAUUUUCUCACACUCAUGGGAGACAUUUUUAUUAAACCUCCAGGCUGUGGCUGGCUCCAUGCUGAUUCUUACCUGAAUAGACAAACUGGAAAUUUUUCACUCAGGCAUUCAGCAUUGUCUACCCUGAAGGGGUGUGAACAAGUUAAAAUGAAAAAGCCCCACUUCCUUUUGACAUGUAUGAACCAGAUUGUAAUCAAUACUGGUUUGGCUGGGAAAACCCAACCACUGGAAUACUUACUGAUGAUAUCUUCCUUAUUGUAAAUGGAUAAAGUGAAACAAAAGCUGCCAAAACAAACAGACCCAUCCCACCUGUCUGUUAAAACCUGAUGUUUGUGUUAAUAAAGAAUAAGCCACACCUAUCUGUGGACUAGCAUGACCCACCAUUACAUUAUAAUCCUGCUGCAUAAUCCACAAUAAGUGAACUUAAUUAAGAACAUUUAGAGGUCUUAUUGCUCGUUUUUAUCCAACACAAGUUCCUUGUGACCUUUAUUCUUUGUCAUCAGUAUAAAAGCAUACGCUCUGUGAUAACUGAGCCACAGGCUAUGACGAUAUAUUCUUACAGGUGAACGGAUAGUUUCACACACUAUGGACAAGUAGUAGUGUCUAUUGUACUUCAUAUAAGUAUGUGUCUGUAUAUUCUUCAGUUUUGGAAAUUUUUAAAAGUUGCAUUUAAAGGAAACACUGUAUAUUUGACUAUUACGUCCUAAAUGCCAACUCUAACAUAUAACCAUGUAAACAUUUCCGACUACCUGGCAGGAUUCGUAACGUGUUGCAGACCACCCAGAUCCUCACGUUCACCUUCUCAUUACUAAAUUUCCAUCUCUUGGGCCAAAGCAGACCUUUGUGCAUGUGAAGCUGCACAAACUGUCACACUAAUAAAGCACCUGGUUGGUUGUGGUCACAUGAUGUAAAAAAAUAUGAAAAUAAAGCCUGUCUAGUUUUCUCUCGUGCUCCUUAACAGGACGGCCUCUAAUCUCAUUUACUUUCCUCUUUGUCACAGAGGAGGCCUUCAUAAAACACACAAACAACUUAUUCAAAGGUUGUUUUCUUGGUGAUUUAUUUCCUUUUUAAUUGCAGUUUACAGCAUGAGGAACAAAUGCGCCCCAAAUACAUGGAAGUUUCAGUUAAAUAAAAACCAACUGAGCAUUACUUCCUGCAUUUCAUUUGUGCCUCGUGGUCUUCCCCACAGUGACUUCAAGCCUGAUCUCUAUGCAGUCAUUUAAGCGAGAGAAAAGCCAGAUUAGUGCAUAUACAUAAAUCUGCGCUAAUCCUGGAUUACGUAAUACAAGUGGAUGUUGAUGAGAUUUGGGAUGAUUUGCUGUUAUUGUACCAGGGCUUAUUACUCUGUUCAUGACAUGUGGAGAAAGUCAUCCAGGACAGAUUUCUCAGACUAAACUAUCAAUCAGUGCAUCAUCUUUGCAUGACUCAUGGUUCUGUAUGUUCAUCGGCCUGACUGCAGGGAGAAAUGUAAUCAGCCUGCUGUUGUUUAAAGCUUAUAGGAACAUUAAGGAAGCUUCUGAACAAAUAAAUAUCAGUCAAAAAUCAGUUUUGUUAGACGAUAACAUAUUUUCUGCAGAUAUAAGGGAAGAAAAUGAGUCAUUUAAAGGUUCACUUGUACCGUGCUCCCAAUUCUGCCUCCAGUCGGGCUUUCAUUGAUGCAAAAAAAUUUGUAUUUAAUUGAUGUGUCUAGUUGGACCAAAGAGUAAUAACUAAAAAUGCAAUAUUAGAAUAUACUUACAAUGGCCCCUCUAUCUCAUAAGAGAGAACACGGCGGCAUUGCCAAGAUUAGAGUUUGCCAGAGAACACAGCAUCAAAGGAUUUAAUACAGUUGUCACUUAACGAUUGUGGUUUGCAUGUUUAUUUCAUUUAAUACGGAUCCAUUUUUCCCCUUUUUUUUUUCAAAGAAAUCUAAUAUAGCAGCUUUCCACAUAAUAAUGCAAACCAAAAUGUUUAAUUUUGCUACAAAAGGCAGCUUCCUUUUAUGUCUCGCCCACUUAGAAACAGUUGUCAUCUUGAGUUGUGUGGACAAAUAAGAGAGCGCCAGUGCUGGUUUCAGGAGCUAAACGGGACUUUUUGUAUGACUGAAGACAAAAAAAAAGCAGCUGGAAAGUUCAGUUUCUUCCUGCUUCUACAAUUCUUUAUUUCUACUAAUAAAGUCCUAUAAUUUAAUCAGGACAGUACAGGUAGCCCAAGUUUAGUCAUUUCUUUAUUACUGUAAUUGUUGUCACAUAGAGUUUGAAACUAGGGAUUGCAGUUUGAGUUGGUGGGUUUGACAGUAGAUGGACUCAAUUAUCAUGCUGGGUUCACUGUGUUGAGACUACAGGUGUGAUAACAGCACAAAAACAAUGCAAAAUAAGGAUCGGAUCCAAAAUAUGGGCUUUUAUUCUUUAAUAGUGGAUUAGAAAAGAUUAUGUCAAGUGUACCAGAGUUCCCAGUUUGACCCAGUGGCCAAAUUAUCAUCCAGAAAAUUUCAAGCAGUCUGACGUCAGCAUUCGAUGGAGUGUUAUGAACAUUUUUUAGCAAUAAUCAGUGUGUGGCCCCCCACACACUGAAUCUUUCUGAUUAUUUAACCUGCUGAAUUUUUCUCACUCUCUACUAUAAAUGUUAAUGACUUUGGUCCUCCUCUAUGACGAAAUGUUACCAUGCUAACAGCUAAACUAUGAGAGUAAACACUGUGAACGCUGCUGUGUGGCGCUUUUUCAAAGUCUCCAUUCUGUAUUUAGUACUUGAACAAAAUUUGGUGAUUGUUGGGUUACACAUGGACGACAUAUGUUGAACGUAACACUGGAGCUGAAUAGAUAAAAUUAUUUACACCGGUUCUAAAUAAAAUGUUUCUUGUUUUUUAAGUUUUCUGUUUGGCCACUUAUUUAUUGUAUUA